GUUGAAAUCAAAGCUUGCUGUUUCCCAGGAACAGAUAGAGCAGGUUGCAAAAGUAACGGUUGGACAGAGUAAUAACCAUCUUUGGUCAUUGGUGAGGAAAAACCGUCUGACAGCAUCAAAAUUUGGGCUUGUGCUUGCUGCAAUAAGAAGAAACAGGUUUGUACAAACCUAUGAUCAAUACUUUGCAAUUGCCCUACUUGGGUUUCCUGGAACUCACACCCCAAUAUAGUGGAAGGCUAUAAUGGCAUCAGACAUGAUGCAUCAGCCUUGAUCAUUUGGUCACCACUGCUCAUACAAGUUUAUAUACUUAAGUAUUAGCAUAAGAUGUUCUAAUGAAAAAUUUCCAGGUUUCCGCCAUCUUUGUAUAAAACGGUGUUUUCAUCGUACAAUAUGACAGCAAAAUAUGCCAUACUUUGGGGGACCACAAAUGAGUCCAAUGCCAAGGAGAAAUAUUGUUCAUAUGGCGAUGCAGUUGUGGAAGAAACUGGAGUGUGGCUUCAUGAAAGUGGUGUGUUGGGUGCAAGUCCCGACGGCAUCAUACGCCGUGCUGCUUCACACAGCUACAACCAUCAGGUGGCAGAGUUGUCAGAUGUUUUGGAAGGCCUACAAAUAAAGCCGGACCUUCUGGAAGUAAAGUGUCCCUUUUCUGCCAGACAUAUGACAAUUCCAGAAGCUAUUGGAUCCAUCAAGGAUUUCUGUUUAGGUAAGGCAUAAUUAUUUUUUU